AACGCGAGGCGCUCUAACUACACAUUGGGCAAGAAAGAAAGGAGGCGUUCUCGCAGCACUUCGCCUAUAAGAAUAAUUUAUGGUGUUUCAUAUGGUGGCGACUCCUCAAACCACCUGUCAGGACCCCGGCCGUCUCCAGCACUGGCGCGUUACGCAUAUCCUUCAGAGUAUGGAAUAGCAAAAAGGAAUUCCCGGUCUGGAUCACGACUGCUGCCCGCUUUUUGCAAACAGAAAGCAAAAGCCUACCUCGUGUCUUUAAUCGCAGCGCUGGAUUAUUUUGUCAGUUAAGUUAUUUGUGUACAUUGGGCUGCUUGUUCGGCGGUAGCCUACUUUUUUGCACCUCCAGCGCGCUGGCUAAUCAAAUGCUUUUGCACCAGUUCGUUAAAGGGACAUUGGAGACAAUGCAUCCUACAAUUAAAAAGGACACUACUUUCACAAAGAUAUUUGUGGGAGGCUUACCCUAUCAUACCACGGACGCCUCACUUAGAAAAUAUUUCGAAACUUUUGGGGAUAUCGACGAAGCUGUGGUGAUAACUGACAGACAGACUGGAAAAUCGCGAGGAUACGGCUUUGUCACCAUGAUGGACAGAGGGGCGGCUGAGCGAGCCUGUAAAGACCCCAACCCCAUCAUCGAUGGCCGCAAAGCCAACGUUAACUUGGCCUACCUGGGAGCCAAGCCUCGCAGCCCACAAACAGGUCUCUCUAUUGGCGUGCAGCAGAUCCACCCUAGCCUGUUACAGAGACAGUAUGGGUUGGCUCAGCAGUAUGUGUACCCCCAGGCCUUUGUCCAGCCCAGCCUGGUGCUGCCUGCUCAGGUCACGUCCACCAUGGCCGCCUCCCCUUACCUGGACUACAGCUCCGCCUACGCCCAGUACGCCUCCGCAGCCUUCGACGCCGCCUCCUACCCUUACGCGGCCUCGCCAGGCUUCCUGAGCUACGCCUACCCCACCACCACAGCCACCGCCACCCUGGGCCACCCCGCCACCGCCGCCACCCCCACCCCCAUGCCACCCGCCCUCUCCGCGGGCACCACCGCCCCGGCAGCGGCCGCCUUCCUCCAGUACCCGACUGCCCAGCAGCUGCACUCCGACCGGCUGCAGUGAGGUGGAGUAGAGCCCUGGGGAGCCCACCGGGAAGAAUAUUGCACUAUUAUGACAUCAUGGUGACAUCAUCAAGAUGAGACGAAGGGCUGUGGAGCUGUUGUUUUUUUAAGUAGGGGGAUCGUUUUUUUCAGUGGAGCUUGUUACAAUCAAGUGGAGACCUCUGCAACAGUCGCUCGCACCCUAAAGGGCUUCCUGUUUAUGUACUUUUAUGGAAAAAAAACAAACAAGCAAGACAGACACAAAGCAAACAAACGUUAGUCAAAAUGAUCAUUUAGCUCAACAACUUUUUUUUACUCUUACUAACAAUUGUUAUUUUUCGACAAGUUAUCUUUGUUCUUUCCCAUGCUGUUGGUAUAAUUACAUAUGAAAUCAGUGGACUCAGGGCCCUGGCACAUACAUAUUUACAUAUUGGACUACGUAUGGCUGAGGAGAGGAAAUGGUACACUCUCUCACACAAACAGACACACACACACACACACACACACACACACACACACACACACACACACACACACACACACACACACACACACACACACACACACACACACUAACUCACUCACUUAGACACACACUUUGCACACAUGUACACACUGUCUCUCAUCCACCCAUAUACAUACAUGCGUGCGCGCACGCACGCACGCACACACACACACACACACACACACACACACA